UUGUGAGUAAAUGCAGUUCAAAGUUUAUCACAUGAUCUAGUUAAUUCCAGUUCACAAAUCUUACAGACCAAUUUGCAUCGGCAGCAAAUUCACUUUACAUUUAGAAUUCAGUCUGUAAUUGCUUUCGGUUCAUACAACUUCUUAUCAUCAGUUUUAAACGAUAAGACUCGCGUGACUUGUAAUGUAUUUUUAUUUAUCCCAUUAAAAAAAAUUGUGAUUAUUUGUGAGUUAACCUCACUCCUAACAUUUUCCAUUAUUCAUUCAAAAUGACACAAACAAUGAAGGUGUAUAGUUUAUCUGCAAACUUGUUUAAAAGUAAUCAAUAUUUUACUAGUGUAGUUUCAUCAAGAGCAAAUUCAUGGUGGACUAAUGUUCAAAUGGGUCCUCCUGACCCAAUCUUGGGUGUUACUGAAGCCUUUAAGCGAGACCAGGAUCCAAAUAAAAUGAAUUUGGGUGUUGGAGCAUAUCGGGAUGAUAAUAAUAAACCUUUUGUUCUACCGAGUGUGUUGAAGGCAAUGGAGGUGAUUUCCAAAAAGAACUACAACAAAGAAUAUGAUCCAAUAGGUGGAAAUCCUGAUUUUUGCAAGGAAUCAAUAAAAUUAGCUCUCGGUGCUGACAAUUCUUUUAUCAAAGAAGGACGAGCAGUAACCGUCCAAGGAAUUUCUGGAACAGGCUCUUUAACAAUAGGAGCAGCAUUUCUAUCUAGACAUUUUCCAGGCGUCAAGGAAAUUUGGGUGCCCACACCGACUUGGGGAAAUCAUAUACCUUUGUUCACAGACAGGGGAUUGACUAUUAAAAGAUACAAGUAUUACGAUCCUAAGACUUGUGGCAUGGAUUUUAGUGGAGCCAUGGAUGAUAUUAAUAAAAUUCCUGAAAAGUCGAUAAUUUUACUGCAUGCCUGUGCUCAUAAUCCUACUGGUGUAGACCCUAAACCAGAACAAUGGAAAGAAAUAGCAGCAGUAUGCAAAAAACGCCAAUUAUUCCCAUUUUUCGAUAUGGCUUAUCAAGGAUUUGCCAGUGGAGACAUUAACAGAGAUGCUUUCGCUGUAAGAAUGUUCUUAGAAGAGGGAUUACAAUUGUGUUUGUCUCAGAGUUUUGCCAAGAACAUGGGUUUGUAUGGGGAGCGUGUUGGAGCAUUUACCAUGAUAGCAAGCUCAAAGGAGGAAGGUGACAAAAUAAUGUCACAAUUGAAGAUUUUAAUACGACCAUUGUAUUCAAAUCCACCAAUCAAUGGAGCAAGAAUUGCUCAUGAAAUUCUUUCAACACCUGAAUUGUAUAAAACAUGGUUGGGGGAUGUUAAAGGAAUGGCUGACAGAAUUAUUUCAAUGCGAACGCAAUUGAAAGACAAUUUAGCCAAAGAAGGUUCUAUUAGAAAUUGGAACCAUAUUACUGAUCAAAUUGGAAUGUUCUGCUUUACUGGCAUGACUGAACAACAGGUUGCAAGAAUAACAAAAGACUUCCAUGUAUAUUUAACCAAAGAUGGUAGAAUAUCAGUGGCUGGUAUCACAUCUAAAACUGUAGCUUAUUUAGCCAAAGCUAUGCACGAAGUGACAAAAUAAUUUAAAGAUACAUUAAUAAUUAUAUAAGAUUUCUACUUAUUAUGUUUGAGAUAGGUUUAUUUAUAUAUUAAUGAUCAUUGAAAUAUUUAUAAGGCAUGUUACGCACUACAAUUAUAUAUUUUCACUAUCUAGUAGAUUAUUGAAAGCUUUGUUAGUAAUAAUGCAUGUAAAACAUGUAUAUUUUCAGAAAUGACUUAAUAAACAUUUAUC